AGCUGAUCCUCCAGCCAAUGAAAAAUUAUAGAAACAAAAAAAUAUUCUAAUAAACAGAUAAAAGUGGUUGUUUGGGGUACAAUAAAAUAAAAAAAGUCCCGAUUAUUGAAUUUUCAAACAAGAAUGGCGGACGAGAAGCAAGCAGAAGAAGCUUCCAUAACAUCAGAUAUCAAAGCUGAUGGUGACAAAGAGAACUGUGAAACAGGGAAGUCAGACAAAGUUAAAGUUGAUAUUUUACUAAAAGCAACUGGCAAUGCUCCAAUAAUGAAGAAAAAGAAAUGGGCAGUUGAUGCUGAAAAGCCUAUCGGUUGGAUAAUGGAGUUCGUCAAGAAAUACCUCAAACUGGAGCCUGAUGAAAAACUGUUCCUGUACGUUAAUCAGACAUUUGCACCAUCCCCUGAUCAGAUAGUGAAGAAUUUAUAUGAGUGCUUUGGUACUGACGGCAAAUUAGUGUUACAUUACUGCAAAAGUCAAGCAUGGGGCUGAAUGGUGGUUAUGUUGGACUGAACUAUCUAUAUUAUGAAAAUCAUGAGGCAAGGAAGGGACUGUACCCUAAAAUUACUCAAGAAGCCAUAGCAUGUCCCUUUAGUAUAUAAUUCGUUUUCAAUCAAUGGUAAGAACCUUUAUUUCUAUGCAUAACAUUCCUUUCAGAGGUUUUCCACUUUUCUUUAAGAUUUUGACACAAAUUAUUGAUUGUACCUAUCUGAAAUUCCUGUAUGAUUGGUAAAUUGGGA